UAAACAAUAAACAUAGUAUUUUAACAAAGAAAAUAGAUAUGUUCCGCGAAAUAUAUUUCUUGAAAUGCCAUUUAGGUUUCAUUUUAACUAUAAUCUCUAUCACUUGAGACACAUCUUCUUUAUUUCAUUCUCUCUCCUCUUCCAUGUUGGUCUUCCUAUAAAUAGCCAGCCUCUUUUGGCAAAUGUGUCUCCUAUAUCUAAUUUAAUGUCACUUAGCUUCCAUUCUUGCUGUCCGUCCCAAAAUGAGUACAGGAGAAGAACUUUCUGGGGUUCUUGUUUUUGACUCAUCUGCGUUGCAGAAACAGCCAAACUUGCCAACUGAGUUCAUUUGGCCCCAUAGUGAUUUGGCUGGAAACCAGGACGAGCUUGAUGAACCUUUGAUAGAUUUGGAGGGUUUCUUGAAAGGAGAUGAAGUGGAAACUGCCCAUGCAGCUGAGCUUCUUAGGGUUGCUUGCUUAAACCAUGGCUUCUUUCAAGUCACCAACCAUGGAGUUGAUGCUUCCCUUAUUCGAGCUGCGCAUGAAGAAAUUGAUACAAUCUUUAAGCUCCCUUUAGAUAAGAAGCUCAGUGUUCGCAGGCAACCCGGCGGUGUGUUUGGAUAUUCCGGUGCUCAUGCCGAUCGGUAUUCGUCUAAGUUGCCUUGGAAGGAGACUUUCUCAUUUGGGUACCAUGGGAAUCACUCUCACCCAAUCGUCGUUGAUUACUUCAAACGUUUCUUGGGGGAACAUUUUCAACCAACAGGGUGGGUUUACCAAAGAUACUGUGAAGAAAUGAGGAGGUUAUCUCUAGUAAUUUUGGAGCUAUUGGCAGUGAGCUUGACAGUGGAUCGUUUUUACUACAGGAAAUUUUUUGAAGAUGGUGGCUCAAUAAUGAGGUGCAACUACUAUCCACCUUGCAAUAAUUCAGGGCUAACACUUGGCACCGGUCCUCAUUGUGACCCAACAUCCAUAACAAUACUUCACCAGGAUGAAGUUGGAGGCCUUGAAGUCUUUGCAAAUAACAAAUGGCAAGCAAUCCGACCUCGUCUCGAUGCAUUUGUCAUUAACAUUGGUGAUACCUUCAUGGCAUUAUCCAAUGGGAAAUACAAGAGUUGCCUACAUAGAGCAGUGGUGAAUAGAGAGAGAGAGAAAAGAUCAUUAGUUUUCUUUGUGUGUCCAAAAGAGGACAAAGUGGUGAGACCCCCACAAGAUCUUGUUUGCAGAGAAGGGCCAAGGAAGUACCCAGAUUUCACAUGGUCUCACUUAUUGGAGUUUACACAAAAGCACUACAGAGCUGAUGUUGCUACACUUCAAAGCUUCAUCCAAUGGCUUCGAUCUUCUAAGACCAUCUAACUUCUACUUAUUUUGGAUGCUUUUGAUAAUUAUUGUUUCUUUCUUCUAAACCACAUUUAAUGGCUUCCAUGUAGCCAGCUAUCUCUCUCUUUUAUAUUUUCCCAACUGGGCAUUUUAAUUUAUGUUG